AUGAAUCCGGCGCGCGAGCACAAGAUGUUGAAUAUCAUCAGAGAAGGCGAGACUGGCAAAGGGAUAGAUCCAGGCAGCGGAAAAGAAGCGAUAGAGUACAAAAGCGGCGCCCUGGCUGUCACGGAAGGAGAACAACUGAAUGACAGUUUCGAGCGCAAAGUUCAACCUCGGAAAUUUUUCACAGUUGGCAGAGUCCUCAUGGUUCUGUGGGUAGAGCCGGCUGGCGAGACAAAUAAGAGCGGAACAGCCAUGAACCGCUUCGAAGGAGUUAUUCACUCCAAGGCCAGACGAUUUGUGGUGGUGAAGGAGAACAGCAAAUCAUGCGUCGCAGUACCAAUCAAGACGUACGGCGACAGAGGAGUAGCGCGUCGUGGACAAGAGCUGGACGAGAAGACACAACGCAGCGUUAUCUACACUGGUGCGGGCAAGGUCGAUCGAGAAGACAACAGUGGAAGUUGCAAAAACAUGCCACUCCCGAUCCGUGUUGAGUGCGAAGAAGAGGGUACCAAGCUUGAUGCCGUGUCUCGAUUAAAUUUCAAUACAGCUUACGCACCCUACCAAGCCAUUUCCCACAAUUGGUUGCCAACGAUUUCGAACGGCGUGGAAAUCAGCUCCACGAGGCUGCUUUCACGGCUCGGCAAGAGCGAAGGUCUGCUCAGACUGAGUGCAUUCGCAGCAUUGUGCACCCCAGCAUACUCAACUAAAGUCGCCAGAAUGCCAGGGCUUUACAGUCCGCAAGAGUCUCUCCGCGCCCAAUUCGACCUCGAACACUGGAUCCCAGACCUCGGCCACUCGUCCGAAGGCUGCGUGGUCGCCGCUCUCGCUGUCAUGAUGUGUGAGCUUGCGGUCAUGUAUCACCUCCGUCCAUUCGACAGGUACAAGAGUCGUGCUGCUGGAGUCUGUCUUACUGGGAUCUUGGUGUUUUGUGGAGUCUUUUACGUACCGGUGGAGCAGCUCGUGACGUUGGUCUGGAUGGGACUUAACUUGACACUGGUCUUGAGCGCGUUGGUCCAUGGCCUGUCUGUGAACCCGACGGAGCAUGGAGACUGCAAGGGCGAGACGGAGAAGCACAGACCCGGAAGCAAAAAGUUUACGACGUAA